AUGUCAUUUCCACCUGAAGAUGUAACAAUAAUAGUUCAUAAAAUAGCAGAAAUACUACGAUCUAAAAAUCAAACAUUAGCAAUAUCAGAAGCAGCAUGUGGAGGAUUAAUAUCAUCAUAUUUAGUUUCUGAACCAGGUGCAUCAGAUUUUUAUAUUGGAGGUAAAUUAUUAUAUUCUUUAAAACAAAGAUUAAAAUUAAAUGGUUGGUCUGAUUUAGAUAUUAAAAAUUAUAUGGGACCUAGUGAAAAUGUAGUUUUAAAAUUUGCAAGAACUGCAAAAUAUGAAUUAGGUUCUACUUUUGUUUUAAGUGAAACUGGAUUUGCUGGUCCUUCUACUGAUUUACAUUUAGUUGAUGAAAAUGAUGAAAAAGAUGUAAAUAAAGAAAAAGAUGAAACGAAUGAUAAUGAGAAAGAAAAUAAAAGUAAAGCUGAGGUAGGUACUGUAUUUGUUGGAUUUACUGGUCCAAAUGGUGAUUCUUCAACAACAAGAAAUUUUCCAAAUCAAUCAAGAAAUCAAAAUAUGACUGAUUUUGCAAAAUUUGCUUUAGAGUUCUUAUUGCAGCAAUUACAAAAUCAAUAA